CAAGAACUAAGUAGAGAAAAAAAACUUCCUCGUCAUACCGACCAUUAAUUUCUGUGAAUAUUUUAUGAAGAUAUUGUAUUGUUACAAUCAUGUGAAAUGUGACCUAAUAUUUGGCAUCUCUAACACUGGAUUGUCAUGGUUGUGUUUUUUUUUUUAUUUUCUUUAUUUUUUUUUUAUUUUGAGAGGCAGAUGGGGUAGAUGUAACCGAUAGAGCGUAACGGGGAAAAAUAGAGAGAAAACCCAACCAUAAGUGCUGAGAUAAAUGCACAUCUCUUCACCACAAAUAUUGAUUUCAUUGAAGUGUAAAGGUGAUAGGCCAAUUCGGUGGCCAAGCGUGAGUAAAUGCAUUAAAAUCAAAUCAUGCUGCCGAACCAACUGACCUAUAAAUCACUGCUGGGGACAUAUUGUUCCAUCGGGGGAAUCCUGCCAUAGUCCCCAAAAAGCUGAGAGUUUGGGUUCACUUCCACCUAUGUGGAUGGUCUCUCUGAAUUUCAAAUGAGCAACCGAGCGCAAAAGGAGAAAAAAAAGGAUUCAAAAGCCUCUAUUGAAAAUCUCCCUUGAACAUAUAUACAUAUAUAUUUUUUUGGGCCAAUUCCUGAGAUUUCCCCCUUUAUGCCACCAGAGAGGUGAGACUAAUUUCCAUUGUAGAUGAUGAGGGAAAAAAAAGAAACGAAACGGAGAAAAAGGUGGUUUUUUCAUCUCUAACCACGAUGUCUACGUACAUUCUUCCUGCCUCCACACACAACUCCCAUAUGCAACAGUGAAAAAAUCAGGAAAAUCAUAAUAAAAAAUUAGGCGCGGGCGUUCUACUUGGAUGUGGAAAAUCGCAUGCGCCUUUUCCAACAGUUUCUCAAACAUUUAACUAUCAUGGCUUUUAGAAUUGUUGUAACAUCGUAGAAACUUGAUGGAAGAUUCAAGAUAUUUUCCACAAUGGAUAUCUAAAAGUAUGAGUUUUUGGUUUUUGAAUUACGUUAGAUGGCGCUUGAUUAGACUUACGUUCCACAAGCUUGUGGAAAGGACGCUAACUUUCCAGCCAAGAGGCAUUUAUAGUGUACGUAGAGUUCAACGUAAAACUUGGGAUGAAAUGUUGAGAAACACUAAUUCUCAACAUCACGGCUGGCACCUAACCGUACGAUCAGUCUCAUCAAGAAUUCCAUAAAGCAAACAUCUUACAUUUUUCGUUAAACGUGUAGAAAGUUUUAUUGUUAAGUGAGGUAGGGUGUUGAAGACCUCCUCCAUGGGGAUUUAAUUUCCAUGACCAUAUAACUAUAAAGUGAGGUGUUUUAGCAAUUUAUGGAUUUUUUUUAUCAAUAAACUCUCCCCCCAGAAACAGUCCAUCCCUUUCUGAAUUUAUGUGUCUACGCAAUGAAGAUGAGUCUUGAAAUGUGCUUUAGCUCGUUAAUUGUUGAAGCUCAAGAAGGAUAAUUUUGUUCCGUUAGGGGUGUUUAAAAAAAAAACGAUGUUAAGACGGGGUUAAUGUUAAGUGGUGGAAAUAAAUUUAAACAGGAUUAGUGUGGUAAUUUGCAAUAAAGUUAUUUUGCAGUUUUUUGAGCUUGUUUAUUGUGCAGAAUAAUCCUGCUGUAAGAGAUUGCAGUGUGCAUCCUACCUAGAAAAUUGUGCUGAAAAUUUGUGUAAAUUGUGGAAUAUUUCUUAAGAAAAGAAAAAAGAAAGAAAUUAUGGAAAAUCCCACAAAUGUGAAAAGCUGCAAAUGUGAAGAGUGAAUUGUACAAUUUUGUGUAACGACGAGUCAAUAAAUGUGGUGGAUAUCAAGAGAAUGUCUCCUUAGCAAUGGCCAAAGCCGCGCGACGGUCAGUUGCAUCAGAUCCGUCGUCGCCGACAUCCUACACUAGAUACUACCCGCCAAGGUAUACAACAGAACCACUGGAUCGCCGCAGACACGCCAACGGACCACUUCGUUACCAUCCCCCUGAGGCUGUUAUAUCAAGAACCGACCGGACAACUCCAUCACCACAUUCAAUUAGCCGUUUCGAUAAUGCCAGCACUAGCACGAUACAGCCCCCAGCGAAUGGCACCGUCAGCCCGGAGAGUGUGGCAGCUGAGCGCGAAAGAAUUAGAAUGGAGUUUUAUGCUACUUAUGACGUCAUGACAGGUGUAAGGAUAGCGGCAACAUUGGGUGGCUUCUUCGGCUUGAUGGUGAUAUUGGUGAUGUACAAGAGUCGCAGUCACUCGAAUUCAGCACUCAAGGAUCCCAAUAUUGCCGCCGUGGCAGCUGCCGUUGUGCAGGAAGAAGAAGAGCGUGAGCUGCAGGAGGUUCUCGAGGCCUCCGGACUGACACUGUACUCCGAUGACUAUCGAUAUGACUUUCAACGACGGAGACUGCUAUCGUUGGGAAAUGUUAGUGCACCACCAGCACUGCACAGAGGACUUCGAUUCUCGUCAUUCGGUAGUGGGUAUAGUUCGUUGAUGGAUCCACCACGGAGAUAUUCCUAUGGAGGUACAAAACCAAAGUGUUCGCCGGAGUCUUCGAGAAUUCUUAGUGCCUAUCAGAUGGGAGACAGUUUCGGAAUAGACGACUUCAUCGAGUCUGAUGAUGAGCAUGAGGUGGAUGAUUUCGAUCAGACAACCAUAACAGCUGAAUCGGGAUAUCCCAGUCACUUAUCCGUUCCCCAGAAGCAAUAUGAUUCCAGACGAAGCAGUGGGAUCACUUGCUGCAGCACAGAGAGCUCAUACCUGGAACGUCGGUGUUCGUCUAUAACAUUAGGUAUUCACUCAUUGGCGCCAAUUUCGUCACACAAUCAUUCCCGACGUUCCAGUCGUGAUGCAUGGGACGUUAGCAAUUUUCCCGAUAUUAACAUUAUACAGCCCACACCCAAGACUUCACCAUGUCCCAGCGAAGGGAACAUCAAUGAACGCACAAAGAUCGGAUCGACGGUACGGCUGAGACGUAGCCAUGAGCCAACUAUUGAGUCUUUCGAUUAUAUCUCCGAAUAUCCCGAUACCAACGGCGAGGAGGAACAUCGGGAACGUUCAGUCGAGGACUCGGUUUCAGGAAGCACUCGAAGAGCACCCCUAGCCUCACUGAGCUCCUUCAAGAUCUCUUCAAUUGAUUACCAAGACUCAGACUUAAGGAGUCUGGGAUCGGACUCAGUUUUCGUGGAAAGCUAUGCCGAUACAGACGAAGACAUGGAGCAGUUCAGCACGGACAGCGAUGACGCUAGCGAUGGUCCGACUCCGCCGCACACGAAACGAGCCACCAUUGGCGAGGGUCUACUUCUUCGCCCAUCAGUCAACCUGUCAACCAAUCGAGACAAUAGUUGCUCAAGUGACAAUCUUCCAAAGUCCAAUAGUUCAGCACACCUCUCGAAAACCUUUCAGACAAAGGCAGUGAUCGAAAGACGGUUGGAUGAUGCCGAUAUGGAUACAGGUGCAUGUCCUAGCAGUAUAAGCAACAGUAAAGCCAUGGUAAAGAGUAAAAGUGCUGAAGAGUGUAUAGUGGUGAGUGUAGUUGCGGAUCCCGAUAGACGAUCCACAAAUUCUGGUCCAGCUGUGAUUCUUGAGUUGCCUGUGAUAACCACACAGCAGCAAGUCGACGAACAGCCAAUUGAUCCAAGUGUUCCUGGUCCCUCGAGGAAGUGGUCCAAAGAAACCCUCUUUUAGUUCAGCCCGCCUGUGUAACACUACCCCACAAUUGUGCUGCCGUGAAUCAAAUAUUAGGUAAAUUUUGCCGUUUCUCAAUAGAUCAGGAGAUAAUAUCCAAAAA